AUGGAAAGCGAAGAUAUAAACCGAGUAAAGUUCCAAACUGCUGGGCCGCUGGUAAUCGAUAGAAAUCUGAAAGGUCCAGUGAAGCAUGCUCUCGACGAUGAACAUUCCGUAGCCCUAAAAGGAGUAGAAUUUGAUGUUGCUCAAAAUGAAAUCAUUGACAUCGGGUCGAACAUCGAACUUAUAGGGAACGAAAACACCGAAGCCACCGAGGGAUCAAAAAUAUCCCAAGUAGCACCUCCAUCUGCGGUAAGAUUUUUAAUUUUCGUUUAG